AUGGGAAACUCGCAAUCAGGUAUUACAGAUGAUGAAAUUAUCGCAGAAACCAUGAAAGAGAACUUCAUUCUUGGUGUUGUUCAAUCUUGCGUUGAAGGACCUAUUCCUUUUACACAAGAAGUUAUCAAUAAACGUAAAUCAACAGUAAACUUUGUAAUUAUUACAAAAGGAGCUGCUAGGCCAGCUAAAAUAUGGCAUUCUUCUAAAAUUCUCGUUGUUGCUUUAACUUAUCCAGAUCCUCCAAUCGAAUUACACAAAUGCUCAUUUUAUCUCUUCCACGGUCAACCAUUCUUAGCUAUUUGUGUUGAUUCUCAAACAUAUUAUCAUGGUUGCUUCUUUAUGAACAAAUGCAGAUUCUUUGCUUCUCGCGAAGAGUUUCUCAAGAGAAUUCUCACUUGCAUUGAUAACUACGAUGAUAUUCUUGCAAAAUAUAUUAUGCCAAAGCAAACAGUUCCUACUAUUAAAAUGCCUAAAUUUGGUUAUGCAAAUCCAUAUGAGGAAGACGAUCUUUCAAGAACGGUCGAUCCAUUCGAAUUCGAUUCAUCAUCGGGAUUCCUUUACCAUCUUUACGACACAAACCAAAAACCAGAAAUUCAAGUUGCAAGAGAUCUCGGCUCAUCUGUUUACGGUGCGAUUUCAGAACCAGAAUCCGUUAACUACGAGAAUCAGAGCGAAGCAUCAUCUCAAUUUGGCAUUAUUUCAGAACCAGAUACAAAACAAAUCAAUUUUGCAGAAUCCAAUUCAUCAUCCGCCUUCAAUCUUGUUUCAGAACCAGAGUCAUACAGCUCUAUGAGCGGUCUUUCCCAUAUUACGUCAAGUGGAAGUAGUAAUUUCGGUAUUGUUUCAGAAAGUGGUUCUUCUCAAGGUUCCAAACGCCGCAAACGCCGUACAAAUCAUCAAGAUCUCGAUGAGAAACUUGUUAGUGGUGCUGACUCCAUUUCUGAAGGAAAACUCCGCGAAAAACCAGUUCCUCGUCAAAGUCAACCUGAUGAAGAGCCAAUUAAGACUCUUGACCAGCCAAUUGACCUUGAUUCACAAGAAUCAUUAAGCAGCAGAUCACAUAGCAGCCACAGCAGCUCUCGCCGCAGAAACAAUAAUAUGAAUGACAGCGAAAGUGGCGGCGGAAAAAGAAAAGUUCCUGAUGUUGAAUCCGUCAAAUCAAUCGAUUCCAAUAACCAUUCUAGUUCGAGACGCAGAGAAUAUUCAUCAAUGAAUUCUGGUGGUGAAUAUAGUGUUAGUGAUGUUCCAAGCAUGAAGAGUGGAUCAAGUAACGCAUCUUCACAAAGAAGAAAGCGAAAACCACAGCAAAUACCAGAAAGUGAAGAUAGCGGUAGUUUUCAAUGA